ACCUACGCGCAUCGAAAUGUACUGAGUCAGUAUGUAAUACUGACAUUAAUCGACUCAGUUCACAUUUGACGUCUAACAGAACGGACUUCUAGUAAUAAAAAAUAGAUUUAAAAGAUGGAUAUUAGUUUAUUAAUAUAUAAAUUAUUGCAACAAUCAAGUACAACUUCAACAUUCCAAAAUAAUCCAUUUCCUCAUAGACCUUGGCUUACUGAUACUGGAGUUGCUGCAGCGGUUGCCAAAGGCGGUGUCAAAGGAAUCGUAGCUGGAGGUAUUACUGGUGGUAUAGAAAUAUGUAUUACUUAUCCAACUGAAUAUGUAAAAACACAAUUACAGCUUGAUGCAAAAAGUGGAAUUGAUAAGCAAUAUACAGGAGCAUGGGAUUGUAUAACAAAGACUAUAAAAAAUCGUGGAUUUUUUGGUUUAUAUAGAGGUCUUUCAGUAUUACUUUAUGGUUCAAUACCAAAAUCAGCUGUACGCUUUGGUUCUUUUGAAAAGAUGAAAGAAUUAUUAGCAAGUCCAGAUGGAAAACUUACUAAAAAAAAUAGUUUUCUAGCAGGUUUAUGUGCUGGUACAGCUGAAGCUAUUUUUGCAGUUACUCCUAUGGAAACUAUUAAAGUAAAAUUCAUAAAUGAUCAACGAUCUCCUAAUCCAAAAUAUAGAGGAUUUCUUCAUGGAGUAGGAAUGAUCACAAGAGAAUAUGGUAUCAGAGGCAUAUAUCAAGGAUUAGUUCCUACAAUUUUAAAACAAUCAUCGAAUCAAGCAAUUAGAUUUUGUACUAUAGAAACAUUGAAAGAUUGGUAUAGAGGUGGAGAUAAAGAUGUAGUUAUCCCAAAAGUAGUUACUGGUAUUUUUGGUGCAAUUGCUGGGGCAUGUUCUGUUUUUGGAAACACUCCAAUUGAUGUUGUAAAAACCAGAAUGCAGGGCUUAGAAGCCUCAAAAUAUAAAAACAGUCUAGAUUGUGUGAGACAAAUAUGGAUGAAUGAAGGUCCAAUGGCAUUUUAUAAAGGAACUAUUCCAAGAUUAAGCAGAGUAUGUUUAGAUGUUGGCAUAACAUUUAUGAUUUAUGAUUCUUUCAAAGAAUUAUUUGAUCGAAUUUGGCCUUGAAAAUUAUUUAUUUUAUAAUUGCAUAUUUUAAAAUGUUACUGCAAAUGUAGUUUUCAUAAUGGCAUUAUUAUAUUGUUUUUUUUUUAUAUUUAUUUAAUAACAUGUCUGUAACAGUACAUGGUUAAAAUAUUUUUAUUUUAAACAAUAUAUAUCAAAAUUUAUAUAUAUAUUUUUUAUUAUAUUUAUUUUAAUGAUAACAUAAAAAUUAAAAAAAUAUAUUGAAGAUUUUCAAUUUUGAUAUUAAUUUUUUGUUAUUGAAAGCUACAUUUGUAUAAGCACAAAUUCCAUUAUAUAUAAAUACAUAUAUUUUUAUAUAAAUUUUUAUUUAAUAUGGAUGAUUUAUAUAGAGAAGAAAACAUGUGAAUUUAAUUCACAAUUUCAAUUUUAUUAAAAAAUAUUGUCUUUAUGUUGAUUAUAAAGAUUAGUUUAUAAAUUUUA